AUGUAUCUUAAAGAAACCAACUCAGAAGAUCACAUGAACUGCGUUCAAAUUCAUCUACAAGCUGAAGCAAUAGACAUACAUUUGAUAAAACCAGAAUUGUAUAUCCAGAAUGUAAUACAUUUCAUUGAAGUGGUGAAUCAUUUACAGAAACAGAAGCUUCUUUUUGUGCUGUCUUUAGUGAUGCUUAUGUUAUUUGAGCUUGUUAGUGAAUUAAUGUCAACGCUUAGUGUUGCUUUUGAAAUAAAGUUUGGAAUUAGUGGAAAGUCUUGUGUUAUUGUUUCAUGUAUCGAUAUAUUGUCUUCUUAA